AUGGCUGUUGGAAUGGCCGCUGUGGGCUACACGGCAAUAGCAGAAAUCCAGUUUGGGGAUUAUAUUUUCCCCGCCUUUGACCAGAUUGUCAACGAAGCCGCGAAAUUCCGCUACCGCAGCGGUAACAACUGGAACUGCGGCAAGCUUACUUUCCGUUCUUCGUGGGGUGCCGUCGGUCAUGGGGGGUUGUACCACUCGCAGUCUCCUGAGGCUUACUUCGCUCACGCUGCAGGCCUUAAGAUUGUCAUUCCCAGGGGCCCCUACCAAGCGAAGGGGCUGCUACUGAGCUGCAUAAGAGAUGAGAACCCUUGCCUCUUCUUCGAGCCCAAAGCCCUCUACAGAGUUGCAACUGAUGAAGUGCCUACUGGAGAUUAUAUGCUGAACUUGUCCGAGGCAGAUAUUCUUAAGGAGGGAACCGAUUCUCUUAGCGCUGAGCAGCUAACGCUGCUCUUCAUUGGAUGGGUUUUGAGGGACUUCGAUGCUCUUUUGGGUGGGAUACCUGCUGGCUUCUCUGACGUAUGCGUGUCUUGUCCGUUCUGGGUCACGGCAGUAGCCUGGGGCACGCAGGUUCACCGUGUGCUACGAGCAGCCGAAAUGGCAGAGAAGGAGGGCAUCAGUGUAGAGGUCAUUGAUUUGCAGACAAUUGUUCCGUGGGACGUAGAAACGGUGGUGAAGUCGGUACAGAAGACAGGACGCCUGCUUGUCUCUCAUGAGGCCCAGCAAACCAUGGGCUUUGCAGCUGAAAUAGCUGCUGCUGUUCAGGAGAAAUGCUUCUUCAAAUUGGAGGCCCCGAUCAAGCGCGUCACCGGCUAUGACACCCCUUUCCCUCUGGCUUACGAACCGGGGGGAGGGGGGGGGAGGGGCCCGCUCGCUGUUUCCGAUGCACUUUCUCCAUUUCCUGCGCGGAGGGUCGUUUCUUCCUAUUUGUUGCGUGUGCUGUUUUGCCGCGCUUCUUUGUCAAUGCCUAUUAUUACAUGA